AUUUUGUGCUCGAUAAUCUUAAUUAUGUGAGGUUCUGUAUCACAUUGUAACAUGUGAAUUUCUGAUUUUCACUUGGGGUUAAUCGACUGAAAUUUGUCAUCACUCAAAUUUACUAAGUAUUUUUCAGUCUCACGGUCUGAUGUCAGCAACUAACUGACAGAUAGAUUUGACAUGCUUUAUCAGUCUCGGGUCUAAUCAGUAAUUUCUUUGUAUUGUCAGGGAAAUCGAACACGUAUUAAACUGUUCAACGCUUUAAAAUGCCAAUUAUUUAUCCAACAUAGCUUCCUUUAGUCUGUUGUCAAUUUAUUGUUUGAGAUCUUGAACCGAUUGAUGUCAGACCAUCAUUGAAAACCUAAAAGCACUGGACGGCCGUUUCGUCAUAUUGUGGGACUCCUCAGCAAUGUGUAUCCACUAUCCCGCUCGCGAGAUUCGAACCCAGGGACUUCAGUCUCCCUCGCGAACACUUAAUCUACUUGUUAAUUUAACAAAUAGAAAGAUAUCAUAAAACUGUGUUUUACAUAAACUUUACUAUAAAUAAGUUAACCAUCUAGUUGACAGAGAGCAAUCAAUGGUUUCAGUCUUCUACGUUAUAUGUUUACAUGAUCAUUAGUUGUUGAAUUAUUUUCACGUCACGGAACAAUCAUAUAUCACUUUAUAUUUGAUAUUUAGUGAAUUUAUUUUGUUGAUUGAACGAAUAUUGUACACAUAAACUAUUUUAUACAAAAUAUGUAAACAUUUUUUUCCCAAAGUUGGUUUAUCACAUGAAAAUGUGAUAGACAAUGUAAACUGUUCAACAAAUGAAUGAAGUAUGUGUUGUUAUAAUUUAUGUGAAAAUAUUGUCAUUCUAUGUUACAUUACCACUACAUUGAUAGUAUGUCAACAUAUGUUAUUAGUACAUUCGGAUAUGUGGAGAAUGUAGAACAUUCAUACUUUAAAUCACUAACUGAUCUUAGAUAGAUUACCAUUGGAGACUAGAGGGCACUGAACCAACAUUUAGGUCUGCUUAGUAGUGUAUACCCAGGACCCCACAGCCGGAAAUCGAACAUGGGAACUUCGGUCUCUAGUCCAAACGCUUGAACUGCAGACCACUGAGUUAGAAUUCAGUGGCGCAGAUAUAUAACUUCAAUCAACUCAUGAUACUGUGCGACCAUGUAAGAUGGUGGUUUAAGAUAGUUGACAGGAAACCCUGGACUUAGGUUUCGUGUAAUUUGACAGUCGUGAGCAAGGUGUACGACCAUCUUCCUCUACCUAUAGUGUAUAACUGUCUCACACCCGACAUGGCUGAACUUCCAUAUUUGGUUGAAACGGUGAUCCCGUGUCUACACGAUUUUAGCUGUGGUCUGGCUAAGAUCACGGUGACUGAAUAAAUGUAAUUCAUCACUAGAAGGCAGAUAACCGGGUUAUUUAGUUUCAGGAAACAGAGAACCAAAUCAUUGUUUAAUGUAAACUAUAUUUUAGGAUACAAUCAUACAUUAAACUAAACCAGUAUGUGGAACAACUUUAAUUGUUAUAUCAAUAUUAACAUAAAAUAAAUCUAUAAAUUAUGAAUAUCAGUGAUAAGCCGACAAGUUUAUCUUAAAAAUUCAAAGAAUAAGGUUAUUCUAGUGAAAUAAACUUAGAUUAAAACAGUAUUAAAUUAUAAACAUUAUUUUACAAUUUAUUGAUCACUGUGUGGUGAUCACUGGCAUGUGACCACUUUGUAACUUGGUAGAUAGGAUUCGACCUGCACUAAGAACGAUCUGACAUACAUGACAUUGAUCACCACCCAGUGAUCAAUCAAUUGUAAAUACAUAUCAGUCCUACAGGAGGUCAGUCGCGGCCUGGAUAGCUCAGCGGCAAUGUCUCUGAUUGUGAAGCUGAGUAACAAGGGAUCGAAUCCAUCAGGGAGCAUCAGUUACCUCAAGAUUAUAGGUACACCAUACUGAUUAGUAUCAAGUAACAUGAAAUCUAGGUCCGCGAUUUCCUGUUGACUACCAUCAACCACCAUCUAAUAAACAUUAUUUUGUUUAUUUCUAAAUUAGAGAACUUCAAAUUCUUGGUUUUAAAUCCAUUCAGGAUAUCAUUAAAAUCAUUUAGAGCUAUCUACAUAUGCCUUUUACGAACAAGCCACUAUUGUACAUUCCAACUUGUUGUAUGAAAAAGAACAUUUAUAAUCCUUAUUAAAAUUGUGCCCUAAUAUGUAAUAAUUACCAAGUAAAUAUAUGAAAAAAUAGCAGAAAAUACUUGAUAUCGCAUACAGAUUAAAGAUUGAAAGCAAAACUCACGGACAUGUAUUCUAUCCUUAUGGAAUAUAUCGUUUAGUUUUUAAGGUGAGAAGGAAUCCAAAUCAUUUAAUGUUUAAUAAACUUUAUUGAAAAUUUGUUUAAACAUACGUGAUUUUUUUAAUUUUUACUUCGUUGAUAUAACACUUAAAUAAUGUUAAAUGAUCGUGGAUGUACACUGCUGAGGAGUCUCAUACUAGGAUGAAACGGCCGUCUAAUGCUUCUAAGUUUUCCAUGGUGGUCUAGCUUCAAUUGACUCAUGAAUUCAAUUACUAAAUUAAAUGUAAACAUUGAGAAAUGGCUAAUUGGUUUAAUUCAUGACUUGUAAUGAAGAUGAAUCAAUGAACCCAUCUUUAGACCUACUACCUACUAUACAUAUAUCUCAUUCAUAUUAAAUACUAAUAAUUAUACAUAAAUCCUUUAAGAAAUUAUCCACAAUUUUGUGAUAAUGAUCACAAAAGAUUAUUAAGUUCAUCAUGUUUAUCGUGGUGACUGCAUUAAUUAAUUGACUAAUUUUUGAUUGAGAUCAUGAACCGAUUGUCGUUAGAUCACUGGUAGCAGCUUGUGAUGUAACCGAUAUUUAAAUCUAUAUUCAUUCUGUAGUAAAUUAGAACACAAUUGGGGACAAUCGAAUGGAUUGCUCACGCAAUUACAGAGCAUCUCACUAAAAUUUGAGAACCGUAUAGGAACUCGUUAAUUUGAAAAUGUCAAUUCAAUUCUCAAACUUGACUGUUUUUUCUGCAAAUUUUAGUCCAUUGUCUCGGAUUUCAUUGUUCAUGUAUUUUCAUCCUAAUUGUGUUCCGUUUCCAUUCUUUCCUUAUCGAUCUUCUACUGAAAUACAUCCUAUGCCUGACUACUUAUGAGGAUAUAAGUAACCCAUACCACAGUAUAUGUAUAGAGUUAUAAGGAGUACUGAUUCUUAGAUAACGUUCUUUCUAUGGUAACUAACUUCAGCUUUGAUAAAUUUAUUAUUUAGCAUAGUAACAUUUAGUUUUUAAUGCAUUACUGAUUAUUAUUAUAUACAUAUAAACGGUAAAAUCUUUAUUAUGUUGUUUACAAUUGUAUUUUGACAGUCAUCCCUACAUUGAAUGUAACUUAAUUGUUGAAUAUUCAUUAAUAAUUAUGGAAUGAAUUUUGUGCAUGUGACACAUUGGAUUUUUUAUUUCCUUACACAUUGGUUUUGUAUAUAUACAUAUGUGACAUUAGUAGCGGAUGACAUAUACAUUUAAACAACUAUAUUUCUCCUUAUUAUUGCCAUUAUAUCAUAACUGUUUGCAUUUUCAACCAUCAUUAUGAAUCAGUUUUAUCAUGUAAUAAUAAUGGUAAUUAUUGUCAUGUUUAGUCAUUUCAAUGUUGUAUCAGGUGAAUGUCGUACAAUAGGACAAAAUUGUUCCAAAACUGUAUUUUCUCCAUGUUGUGAACAAUUAUAUUGUGGUCUAAAUACAUUAUUUACUGGUAAAUGUCAUCUAUGCCUUGCAGGUGGAUAUUUCUGUUGGACUAGUCAAGAAUGUUGUUCUGGAAAAUGUAGUUGGCUUAAAUGUACAGAUCCAAUAAAGGAUGUUGUUGAAAAGUUGACUGGUUAGAAGAAAAAAAAACAGAAAAAAAAACCCAAUGAUUAUAAGUAGUAUAAAUGUUUCUUAGAAUUCAGUUGUUCAGUCAUUUUACUGAACUUUUCUAUUUAACUUCUAUUAACCUGCAAUUAUCAAUAAGACAUUAUUCACUUAAUGUUUUACGAGGGAAUAAAAUACACACUCUUUAAUAGAUAACAUAUGAUUAUGUAUGAAAUUCAAUUUGCUUCUAUAAGUGAUCGUGUAUUGUUGAUUUGUUUUGUUUGUUUGUUUUUUCGUUGUAAAAGUUUGUAUGUUAAAAAGAUAAAUACAGAAUUGUUUCUUU